AUGGAUGCUGAAUUACAGUUUACUAUUGAGGGCACAGUAAAAGGACAUACAUUAUUUUCUCUUGUUUGUCAAACAAUUGGUCUAAGAGAACAUUGGUAUUUUGGUCUAAAAUUUCUUGAUAAAAUUUCUAAUGAAUGGACAUGGUUACAAAUGAAUAGAACAAUACUUUCUCAACCAAUACAAAUUCAAUCGAGUAUAAUUUCAUCUAAAAGACCUGAAUCACCAAAUUCAACAGACAAUUUAAAACCUCAUCUUCUUCGUUCUCCACCAACAUCACCAUCUACAUCAACAUUAAGUUUGCCAUUAUCAUCAUCAUCAGCUAGUGGUGGUCAACAAUCUAUAAAUAUAUUAGAAUUAUAUUUUGUUGUGAAAUUUUAUCCCGAAGAAAUUACUAAUGAACUUAUACAAGAUAUAACUCGACAUCUUUUUUAUCUUCAAGUUAAACAAGAUAUUCUUAAUAUGGAUAUUUAUUGUCCACCCGAUACAGCUGCUCAUCUUGCAUCACUUGCUCUUCAAGCAAAAUUUGGUGAUUAUGAUCAAAUAACUUCAUCAUCGGAAUCAUUAAAUUUAGAAAGUGAAGCUUUAUUACCAUUAUCUUGUUUUCAAAAAGUUGAAUUAUCUCGUUCGGAUUGGUUUGAUCGUAUAAUAGCUUUGUGGCGUACACAUGCAUCAUUAGCACGAGAAGAAUCUGAAAUGGCUUAUUUAAAACAUGCACAAGAUUUAGAUAUGUUUGGUUUAUCAUUUUUUGAAAUAUCAAAAAUGCAAGGUGGAAAUAAAUCAAAUUUAUCAUCACAACAACAACAAUCCGAUCAAUCAUCUAUUGCUACUGAACUUUGGCUUGGAAUUGAUUCAUUAGGAAUUCGUUUUUAUAAAAAAAAUAAAUUAAGACCAGAAGUUUUCUUUUCAUGGUCUGAUAUUAAAUCAGUUACAGCUCAUGAUAAAAAAGUUAUAUUAAAUAUGACCGGUGAUAAAAAUGCAACAUUUGCAUUUUAUUCUGGUAAAUCAUCUGUAAGCAAAGAGAUACUUGAUUUAGCAACUGGUAAUCAUGAAUUAUAUAUGAAACGUCGACGUGAACAAUCAAUUGAAAUACAACAAAUGAGAUAUUUUGAAGAACAACAACAAAAAGAAAAGCAUCGUACAUUUGCUCGAGAACGUCAAUUACGUUUACAAGCUGAAAAAGAACGUGAUGAAAUUGGACGUAAAUUUGAUGAAUAUCAACAACAAAUGAAAGAUAUUCAUGAUACAUUGCUUAAAUAUCAAGAAGCUGCUGAAUUAUUAGCACGUAAAGCACAUAUAAGUAGUGAAGAAGCUCGAUUACAAGCUGAAAAAGCACUAGAAAUUGAAACACAACUUGAACGAUGUAAAUAUGAAAUCAGUCGAAACGAAGAAGAAAAACGACUUUAUGCUCGACAAAUUAGUGAAUGUGAACAAAUUAUUUCUACAUUAGUAAAUGAUUCAGUAAAAAGCAAUACUGCUUAUUAUUCAUGUCGUUGUGGCGAAAUUUCUCUUCUUUCAUCAACUAUUGAACAACGUCGUAAAGAAGCAGAAGAAUUAAAAAUAGAAGUUGCAAAAUGGCGUGUAGCUGAAGCAGCUGCAAGAGAAAAAUUACUUUCAAUAACACAACUUAAUCAAUCAAUUGCUGUUACAAAUGCUGCAGCACAAGCUCAACAAAAUCUUGUUCAAUCAUCAUCAUCACCAAGAGCAUUAUCUCCACCACCAUAUCGACCAAUUCUUAGAAAUCAAGAAUCAAAUCAAAGUGAUGAACGAGCCUUGCUAAUUGAAAAACAAUCUAAACAAGCACAAUUAGCAUUACAAUUACAAGAUUUAAAAAAUGUUAUUCAAUCAAAGAAAAUAGAACAACGACAAACAUUUUUAGAUAAAGCUUAUGAAGAAAAUUUAGCUGUUGGAGAUAAUAAAUAUUCAACUAUACAAAAAGCAAGUUCGGGUACAGCUUCAAAACGUAUGGCUAUGUUACAAGAUUUGUAA